UCCCAGGUUAAAGGUUUACAUGUUCACAGUCUUCCUGCUCUUAUCAAUAGGUGCUGAUUUGACUUUCAGUAGAGACUUCCUUCAAACAAGAUCACCAUACUUGGCUUGUUGCCUCAUGGGAAUAAGAGCUAAAAUUGUCUAAGACUGAAAUACAGAGCUCAGGCAAAAGCCACAGCAAAAAAUAACCCUUUCUACUUUCAGAUGCUUCCUGAUGCACCAGCAAACCCAGAAGUUCUAUUUAAUCAUCUAUAAGAGAAAGAAAAGCCUUGAGAGAUAUCUGAGCUGAUGAGAAGCUUCACUUAAUGCCAUCUAACUCUCAAAUUGAUCAUCUGAGACUGACCUAAUAAGAGCUCUUACAUUUUGUGGAUCAACUCUCUUUUAACAGGAAAUAGAGGUGAGAGAAAUACACGUUGAAGGAUGAUACUAGAAUCAGCUUUAUGAAAUGAAUGCAUGAAAUAAUAACAGAUGCUAAAUUGAAGAGGAAUGUAAAAUUAGUAUGUGAGUGUCUGUCAUCAGGGGAAGAGGACAUUUUUUCCCAAACCUGAACUUUGCACAUUUCCCCCCUUCUUUCAACACUGGAGCAUUUUGUGCUGCAUAAUGACUUAUUUCUUGUCUUAUUGCAAAGGACACUGCAGUGCUGUAUUGUCUCAAUACCAAACUCUCCGAAAGGAAGGCUUGCUCUGUGACAUUCUGUUAAAAGUAAAAGAAAAUGAAUUUCCUGCACAUAAGUCUUUGUUAGCCUGUUCCAGUGAUUACUUCAAGGCCAUGUUCAAGAGUUAUACCAAAGAAUCAAAGACUGCUAUUGUUCAUCUGCAAGUCAUCUCAGCCACUGGGUUGCAACAUGUUCUGGAUUUCAUUUAUACAUCCUGGCUUCCUUUGUCUUUUACCACCUUGGAAGAUACCUUAGAAGCUGCCACCUAUUUACAAGUACCUGACGCAAUCUGUUUAUGCAGCCAAUACUUGAGUAACAAUCUCAAUCUGGAGAACUGUUGUUUUUCAGCCAAUAUUGCAACAAAAUUUUAUCUUCCAGAUGUUGUAUCUGCAGCAGAAAAAUAUCUUAUUAUUAACCUCUGGAAACUAUUAGAUCUGGAUUUUGCAGGUCUGCUGGAACUGAAUUUCCGGUCUUUGAAGGCAGUAGUUGAAUCUCCUGAUAUACUUAUGGAUAAAUACAGCACUUUGAGAAACCAGAAGAUAUGGAUUAUCCUGCUUGGAGGUAUGAUUGCACAUGAAGGGCUUGUCACAGAAGUGAUGGCUUUUGAUGUUUACAAUCACAAGUGGCAAAAUUUAACACAGUUACCAGAUAGGAUACAAAAUCAUUGUGUAUGUACUAUUGGAAACUUUCUAUAUGUGCUUGGUGGAGAAAUGGAAGAUACGCAAAGUGAUCCUAUCUUGAAAGUUACAAAUAACGUCCAUCGCUAUGACCCAAGAUUUAAUAAGUGGAUACAAGUUACUGGGAUGCUGGAAAAAAGGUGUCAAUUUUCUUGUUGUAUCUUAGAGAAUGCAAUCAUUGCAAUUGGUGGACAAAGUGAAGAUAAAAAAUUGCAUUCAUCUGUUGAAAUCUAUGACAUUAGUAAAGACAGGUGGACAAAACUUCAUGAUUUGCCAUGCAAAGUACAUGGCCAUGCGGGUACUGUUUGUAAGAAUACUAUUUAUAUAUCAGGGGGCAAAUACAUGGGUCAAAGUAACACAAGUAAGGAUAUGUAUGCUUUGAGUAAUCUUGAAGGGGAAUGGAGAAAACAAGCCCCAAUGAGCAUUGCUCGUUUUGGGCAUAAGAUGGCCACAAUCCGAGAUUCAGUUUUUAUAUUUUUAGGUUUUUAUGAACCAUUCUCUGAGAUUGAAAAAUAUGACCCUGACCAGAAUCAAUGGACACGUUUAAGGCCAUUGGUAUACGAUCGAUAUAGUUAUGGUUUAGCACUAGUGGAAGAAACAGCUAUCCUUAUUGGAGGGAAGAAAUGGCAAGACUCUCAGGAAAUCCCAACUCAGGAUGUUGUAGGUUAUGAUAUUGAUAAUGACUGUUGGGAAGAAAUCUGCAAAACUCCUUUGCCUUGGUAUGGAUUGCAGUGUGGAGUUCUAGAACUUUCUGAAUUAGUAGAAGGUAAAGACAUUCAACAAUAAAAGUGACCAAAUAUUGAGAUCAUACCUCAUUGAACUAAGAAAACAAGGAUUAUGGAAGGAUACAACAUCCAUUAUUAGGGAUUAAACAAUUAUUUUAUAUACAUAUAUUUAAAUUAUACAAUCUACAUCAGAUGUGACAAACACAUGGCCCACUGGCUGGGUCUAGCCUGCAAUAGGCCAUGGAGUUGGCAUGCAGGGCCAUCCUGAAGAGGGCGAGGGAUCAGUCUCUGUUGCCCUUGGCCUGGCCAUGCCCACCCCAACCCCGCCAAGGGCAAACAAACUCCUGAUGUGGCCCACGAUAGAAUCGAGUUUGACAGCCCUGAUCUAUAUGGUUAAGCAUAGAUAUGUUACUGUUUAAAACAACAAGUUAGCAUGUAUGAAAUUGUAUUUUUUGUUGCUAAUAGAGAAUGGAUGAAUCUAAGAAAUGCAAUGUCAAGAUUUUCACUAUGCUAUAAUAAAACUGGUCUGAAAUAGGGACAACAUUAUUGUUUUAUUAAAAACAAGAUACAUACUUCUAAUUUUGCAAUUUUGUGUGGUCCACAUUUUUAAACAAUGCUGUCUAAUUCAUAGGAAUAUCAAACAGUACUUCCCUCAUCUUUAUUUAACCAUGAACUGAACAAAUAAAUAAAUAUGAUUGUAAGAGCUGUUAUGAUAUUAGGGAUUCUUAAUUGUCUUUUUAUUCUAUUUAAAGGUGCAAUUAUUCUUUUCCUGAUUUGCCAACUGUUCUUAUUACAAUCUAGUUUUAUCCAAGUAGCCACAUAACAUCAACAUGUUCUCAAGCCUAUAUAAUUCAUUUUUUACAUGCAUAAAUAGGCUGUUCAUCUCAGGAAAAAUGCCACUUUUCGACUAUUAUUGAAAUGCUAGGUAGAAUUACUUUGUAAAAUGUAAUUAUAAACACCAUAAAACACCAGCAGAAUAACUGUUGCAAUAGACGAGUGGUGGCCGCUUGGGUUUGGAGGUGGAGUAGCGGCCCCAUGGAGCCCUAGAUGUCCGCGGUCCGUCCUGCCAGCCUGAGAGCCCGCUCUGCUGUGGUUGACACCUUGACCGGCUUUGACGGGCUGCUUACCGUACUUUUUGAUAUGCAAAGAUUUUCAACUGCGGACCUUCUUGCCCUGCGAGAUUCCCCUCUCUCGCAGGUUUGGCACUCCACACUAUCGAGGGCCCACCUUGAGGACGGGUUUUGGAACCCCGAGAGUUGGCAUGCUAAAUCUAGGAGACUUAGGGGAUUUUUAACUAAUUGUUUUAAUAGA